UCGAUCCCGUGCGGAAGAGGAGAGUUCCUGGCGCCCCCCCGGUCGGUCAGCCCCAUGCGUGGCGAUAUGCCAGAUGAAUCGUGCUCGUGCUGGCCGCGCCGCCGGUCGUAAGCACGAGUUCCAGCCAGUGCUGUGCAGCGCGCUGUCGGUCCAGCGAACGCCAUCAAAUUUGCGCUUUCCGACUUGGAGUUAAUUGUCGGACACGCCUGCAGGAGUGGAACCAUCUCUUUUCUCUUGAGCAGUCCCACCGCUGUCCAGGCAAACGCUGUCGAGCGCAAUAUGUUGUAACACAAUCCCACGGACCUGGGAUUACUGGUCUGCUCCAUCAUCCUGCAGUUCCCUGCCUUUUGGGACCUUCAACUGAGGCCUUCACCGCCAAACGGCAGUGUUUUGGGUACGUCUUGGAAUCAUGAAGCGCUUCUCGUCCCUCUUAUUAAGCGCAAUUGCGCUGUUCUCGUCGCAGAACUGCGAGACAUACGUCUCUGCUGAACCCAUCCCUCUCGCUGCAAGGGCGGCACCCAAAGUUGACUUAGGAUACGCCAUCUACCAAGGCGCCUACGACUCCGCGAGCAAAACGAACAGCUUCAAAGGGAUUCGAUAUGCCGCCCCGCCUCUUGGAAAUCUCAGAUGGAGAGCUCCUCAAGCUCCCGCAACAAACAGGAGCGAGACAUUCCCAGCCACAAGCGAUCCGAAAAAUUGCCCGCAGACUGGUGCAUCGUCUGAAACUCCUACCGCAUAUGGCUUUAUCUCUGGGAUUGGAGAUGAGGAUUGCUUGUUCCUGAAUGUUUUUGCCCCUGCCAACGCAAAAAAUCUGCCAGUUUUCUUUUGGAUCCAUGGCGGAGGGUAUGGUCUAUUUUCAGCUAGUGGAUUAGAUCCCACUGAAAUGAUGACUACGAAUGGCAAUAAUUUCGUUUCAGUCGUCAUUCAGUACAGGCUAGGCGCGUUCGGAUUCCUCUCGGGAAGCGAUGUCAAGGCCGACGGUGCGCUCAACGCCGGCUUACUCGACAUGAACUUCGCCUUGCAGUGGGUUCAGAAAUAUAUCUCGAAAUUUGGCGGUGAUCCUAGUCGUGUCACCAUUGCUGGCGAAUCAGCAGGUGGUGCAGCAGUGCUGUAUCAAGCAGUGGCAUAUGGCGGAAAGCAGAACAAGAGUUUAUUCAACAACAUCAUUACAGCGAGCCCGUGGAUUCCAAAUCAGUAUAAUUUCGACGAUCCGGUUCCAACUAAGGCCUAUGACGAUUUUGCCGAGGCUGCAGGCUGUGGCGGGGCUGCUGAUACUCUCAAAUGCCUGCGUGAUGCCGAUACAGUAGUGGUUCAGAAUGCAAGUUUCAAAGUCUCUGAGGCAGGCCCAUGGGGAACUUUUGCGUUUACUCCUGUUACCGAUGGGUCAUUCGUCAAGCAACGCGUUACCCAGGCUCUUAUAGCUAAAACUAUCCAAGGAAAGCGCAUUCUCUCCGGCAACAUGGCUAACGAGGGUAUUCCCCUAAGUCCCAACACACGGAAUACUCUCCAAGGAUUCCGUGACUACAUCGACACCACCUUCCCCGGCUUCUCGAGCGCCAACAAGGCUGCAUUGGAGAAUGAAUAUUCUUACGAUGGUGACGACCAGGAUACCAACCCCUCAAACCCACUUUACGAAACCUACGGAUCCUCCGGUCCCACAGCAGUAAAUCAGUCCGGAUUCGCCACGGGUCAACAGCAGCGCCUCUUUGACGUUUUCGCGGAAUAUGCGUUCGACUGCCCAUCAUAUUGGGCUGCGUCUGCCUUCCCUCAAGCUUGGAAAUACCAGUACAGCGUUCCCCCAGCAUAUCACGGUUUUGAUCUCAGUGCCUACUGGUCAAAGGGCCAAGUUGUCCCCGGCAAGGGAUUUAUACAUGCUUUCCAGAAGAUAUGGGGCACCUUCAUCACGGCCAACACCCCCGUCAUCUCUGUAGUCGACGCGAAGGGCAACAUGCCAAAUGCCACCGUUCCAGUCGGAUAUGGAGGGAACAUUAACUGGCCCCAGUGGACGGGUUCAAAGAAGUACAUGAUGAGUCUAAACACCACGGGAGGAACGCCGCUUCUCAAAGACCCUACCCCAGAUUUGCACUACUAUGUGUAUCUAGAGCCUGGGGUGACGAACAGUUUCAAGCUUGUCAAUGGAGAGACCUGGGAGGGUGGGAGAGGGGCAAGAUGUGACUGGUGGCAGAGUGUUUCAUCAAUAGUGCCAUAUUAA